CUCGGCCGGUCGCGCUUUCCACUUUUGCUUUCUGGUUGUGAAUACGACCAAUCGCCGACAACCGUCUUUAGUGCGGUUACCGGGGCUGAGUCGCUGCGAUCCCCGACGACACCGUGAAACAGACCAGCUCCGAGUUCGCGGCUCCGGCGUUCUGUACACCGGAAGUGUUGUACCGUCUUGAGGGAAUUAGCGGUGGCUGUAUUCUGACUUCCGGUGGCGACUCAGUGUUGAGACCGAGGUGGGAAUUGGGGGGUGGCGACGGGACUGUAAGCGGGGAGGGUGAGGUGAGGAGAAGGACGAUGAGCUGUGGAGGUUAUUUAUCUAACCUUAACCUCACUGGAAAGUUGGAUAAACUUGGUAGCAUCAGUUGAAGCAAACCAGUAACUUGCAGAUCUUUGCUUGGAUUGAAAGAGGAAGAAUGAGUGAAUAAAAAUCAAGUUAUGUAUGCUGGUAUGAUAAUCUACAGGCAUGAAGAUGCAAACUCAAUAGAGUACAGUGACCGCGACUGAAUGUCGAUUGUGAUUUGAACCAAGCAAAAUGGCAAAAAGGAAAGCAGGGUGUGACGUAAUGGCGGCCGGAAAGAAUAUGAAGUAUGACUCUCUGGUGCUUUUGUGUGAGUGGCAUUCGUGUGGAUUCACUGCAUAUGGAAUGGAAGAUUUCAGUGAUCAUAUCGCAGGGCAUUUAAAGGAACAUUUACAGGACCAAAUACAGGGAGAUGAAAAUGAUAUUGAACAACAAGAGGAGCACCAGUGUCUGUGGGCCGACUGUGGCUACUACUCCGUGGAGAGUUCAACUGAUGUGAUCCGCCAUGUGUAUUUUCACGCCUACCACACGAAGCUUAAGCACUGGGGUCUGCAGACCCUUCAGGCUCAGACUGAACUCGAGCAUUGUUUAUUGGAUCGGCAGAGCCGUAAUAUCAUUCCAGAAAUUCCGGAGAGCUUUAUCUGUCUCUGGGGGCACUGUGAUAGCACUUUUGAGAAUCCAGAGUGGUUCUACAGACAUGUGGACAUGCAUGGGAUGUGUUCGGACCGUGAUGCAACCUCAGAGUCUAAUGUUAUAAUACCCUGCUGUUGGAAAGAUUGUGAAGCAACAUUCAAAGUGAAAUUUAAAUUAAGAGAACAUCUGCGUAGUCACACUCAAGAGAAAGUAGUGGCAUGUCCAACUUGUGGAGGGAUGUUUGCCAGCAAUACCAAAUUCUUUGAUCACAUACGCAGGCAGAUGGCAACAGAAUACCAACGCUUUCAAUGCUCCCACUGCUCUAAAAGAUUCGCCACUGAGAGGCUGCUCAGAGAUCACAUGCGGCAUCAUGUGAAUUAUUACAAGUGCCCAUUUUGCGAUAUGACCUGUCCAGCUCCAUCUGCCUUGCGGAACCAUAUCAAGUUCCGCCAUAGUGACGAAAAACCAUUCAGAUGUGAAUACUGUGAAUACAGUUGCAAGAACUUGGUGGAUCUAAGGAAACAUUUGGACACCCACAGUGAGGAUCCGACCUACCGCUGUGAGUUUGCAGGUUGUACAUUCAGCGCACGGUCCCAAUAUUCUAUCAAGUCCCACUACAGGAAAGUACAUGAGGGGGAUUUGGAACCCAGAUACAAAUGUCAUGUUUGUGACAAAUGUUUCACAAGAGGGAACAAUCUGACCGUGCACCUCAGGAAGAAGCAUCAGUUCAAGUGGCCCUCGGGUCACCCCCGGUUCAGAUACAAAGAACAUGAAGAUGGCUACAUGCGACUGCAGUUGGUACGUUAUGAGAGUGUUGAACUGACUGAACAACUAAUGAAAGACCGGGAAAAGCAUGAGGGUCGCUUAGACGGCGUAUCAGAGAGUUUGGUCUUGUCCGAAGCUAACCUACGAGGGAUUAUACUGGAGCCUGUGGAAGAAUCAAAUAGCGAGGACCAGGGGGUGGAAAAGCACAGCCCUGACUGCUGUGUCAGUGAAUGCACGGAUCACUGCAAUUAUGGUGAUGCUGUCGAUGGGGAACAUUCCCGACAAUCGCCGUUAGUCUCCUGUGACUCAAAUGAAAGCCCCAUCAUCCGAGUGGCCAAUCGGACAAAUGAACAUGGAGAGAAUGAAACCGUUUACUACGUUCUGACCAAUGCACAAAGCCCAGGGAGGACUGCGUCAAUUACUAACAUGGAGACUGAGGAAGCCUCCACUGACAACAUAGAAAAGACUGCAGAAGAAUUGGGCAUUGAAAUAAUUGGCUAGUACUAAUUAAUCAGAUGGGGUGUGUGUGUUUGAUAGCUGUUUUUGUCUUAGUCUGACUAAUUUAGAAGCAAAUAUACGGAACAUGUGAUGCUUUGUGGGUUGGCCUGCUGCUAUUGAUAUAUUUACAGACAUCAAUGUCUCUUUUUAAUGUAGCCCCGUGAAUAUAAGCGUAUGAUUAUGUUGAUCUCAACCAUUGCCAGGAGCAAUACAGGCCCUGCUCUCAAUUAUGCUACAAUCAUUAACUCAAACAAAUCUAUUCAAAGUAGAUUUUGACUGACAUACAGUGUCAAUACAAAUACAGUUUUCUUUCACCAGAAUAAUGAUUUUUAUUGUGUAAAAGUCUACUGGUGGUAAUUUUAAUAAAAUGCACUUUUUUGAAGUCCUACAGUUCCUUUAUUGCAGAUAAUUCUAAAAUAUCUGUACCUCUCCCAUGUGUAGAAAUUGUUCUUGUGCCCCCUGUUGAUGUACACAAAGAAACGGCAGAGUUUUGUCCUGGAAAUUCAUUGAACCACUG